AUGGCGGCCGGCUGGGAGGCGAGCGGGAGGGAGAUUGGCGAGAGGAAUGAAAAGAAUAAGAGGAAAGCCGAUUUUUGGGCGCCGACGUGGCAAAAACGUUUUGGGGAGGACCUGUUGGAGGCGCGCCUGGAGAUACUCUUAAUCCCCGCCCUUUCAGUCGCCUCUCCCUCUACAGUCCCCAGUAGCCCCUCCCCCCUCGCCACCCGGUUCUUUGAUCCGGUCAUCUCAGAUCUCGCGACAUUCCUGGCACCAUCGAGCCUCUCUCGGCGCGUGGAACACGAACCCGAUGCGCCGGGCGUCGCCCUUCCUCGCCCACUGCACCAUUCUGUGGAGGACAGAGGCGGGAUUGCUGGCAGUGGUGCAGGAGCCUUACUGGAAUUUGGGUCACGCACUGGGCACAUCGUUCAACCAUACAAUGCUGGAAAUCAGGUUUCGUUUUGGUGGCUGGAGAUGGAGAAACGGGCCGCUGAUGACCAUGCUGCGAAUUUUCUGUUCACUGAUAAACAUUCUGGCAUGAAAGUUGAAGGCACACUGGGUUGCUUCCAUAAAUCAGUACUUACAAUGCGUUGUUCUCGCUUGUCAAUUGAUCUUGUUUGCAAUUCAGUGCGAGCGCAUCUGCUGGUGUGUUUGAUUACCUUCCAUGUUGUGUCAAGCAUGGAGUUUCCGAUGUUAUAUUUAUGCAUAUCUAUGCUUAUGCUGAGAUGUUAUAUUUAUUCAUAGAGAGAUAUAGAUAUCUACAUUUGAAUGUUGGGGUCGUGAAAA